AUGCUUCAGAUGGUUGCAGAGCUGAACUUGGAGGGUACACUGACCGGGACACUCGAAGUGAGCACCGAAGCGGACUUCCGAAUCGCUGGCUCCGUGCGUGUCACGCCGAAUGGUCAUGCCGAUGUGGAUAUGAACAGCCCAGAGAUCACGCACAAGCAAGGAUUCGCGAUCGGAGCCAGUGCUACGGCAACUGCGAGGGUGAGUGUGGGACCGGUCCUCACGAUAUGGCCAGUGCCUGGUAUUCCGAUCACUUUCAGGCCUAUGGUGCAUGCUGAAGCCAAAGCCCAGGGCACACUGAGUUACGAGUCGGGCCAUGGGCUGCUCUUCAUUGAGGAGUCUCACCAUGUUUCUGCCGCAGCCGGGUCUAACUCGAGUUUGAACAUGACAACAACUCCGCUGCAGAUGUGCGGAGCAGCCGCCCUCAACAUUUAUGCCGACGUCGACAUCACGGGCUUUGCGCUGCCAGCUAUUUUCAAAUCGCGCUUCAACAGCCGCUUCCUCAUAGACGAGCUAACAGCAGCCGUUCUGGCCAGUGCUGCAGCCUUCGUCAGAACCAUAGCCGGGCCACUCUCGUGCAUUCCCGGCGCCAGCACAGCUACGAAUUUCAUCAUGGAGGCGGCUCGAGAGGCAGCAUCCCAAAUCACAGGACUCAUCCCGAACCUUAACCUGGACUUGGGCCUACCAUCGAUCCAGCUGCUAUCUCCCAAGAAGCUCUUCUGCAAGGAGGUCUACACGACUCCCGGCUUCGACUCUGCCCCCUGCGCAGCAGAGCUUGGGUGCAAGCACGCCGGCCGAGGGCCUCCACCUGGGGAAGAGCUCCCGCCACCCGAACAAGUGACAAAUCACGACACAAGGGCCUCUGGGGGCACCAUCACAUGCCCGGCACUCGUCAUGGGAGAUCGUUUCAUUCAACUGGGGAACACAUGGCGAUUGGCCGACAUUGAUGGCCGGCACUUGGUUCUGCAGCACAGUAACGGCGAGGUUCCGAUUGUGUGGCGGAACGAUGGGCGAACCUUCUGGCGGCCUUGGCAUCGUAACGCCAAUCGGGUAGCCUGGGACAGGGAAGCUGGGCCGUCCAAAGGGAUCGCGUUCGGCUUCCAGUUCAUCCAGAUCGGCAAGUUCCGUAUUGGUGCCAAUGAUGAUGAUCACUUCAGCGUGGUUCACAGCAGCCACAAAUGCCCCCAGACUUGGCGGGGCCACGACCUUUCAGUGCACCAUGGGACCGGGUGGAACCUCUACGACCGUGGCGAAGGGUUUCAGACAGGCGUCACUUUCGGAGAUAGGUUCGUACAGGUGGGCAAAAUGCGAUUCGGUGCAGCUGACGACAACCACUUCAAUUUCUACUUCACCCCCACUGGCAAGAGCUUGGAGAUUUUCCGAGGCCACGACGGAACUCGGCACCCAGGCAACAACGGCCAUUGGAACCAUCAUAAUGAGAUGGUCGCCCGCAGAUUGCCCGCCCACUGGACCUGCCCCGAUAUCGCCGAGAAGGCCCAUGGAGAAUGCAAUCCAGAGUUCGGACAUUGGGGGGAUCGAUUUAUUCAACUCGCGAAAUGGCGCCUAGCAGCCAUAGACGCCAACCACUUCAGCAUCUCUCACGAGGACGGGAAAACAGCCCAAAUCUACCGUAACGAUGGCCAUCUCUUUCCCGGUCCGCGCACCGACUUCAGUGCCUGGCACAGACCUAUCGGGUUUCCUCACGGCAUCACCUUCGGGCCAAGCUUCAUCCAGAUCAGUAACUUCCGCAUCGCAGCUAUGGACCACGACCACAUGAGCAUCACUCACAUCUCAGGGAUCACAGCUCAGGUCUUCAGGGGGCAUGAUGGCUCCCUGCACCCCAACGUGCCACACCACUGGAAUGCAUGGAGCUUGCGAGCUGGGCCAGCAUCAGGAGUGACGUUCGGAGACAGGUUCAUACAGUUGGGGGAGUUCCGAAUCGGUGGAGAUGACGCGUUAUAUGUGACCCACAGGGGCCACAACAAAAGCCCUCAGAUCUUCAGAUCGGACGGCCUUCUGGUCCCUGGGACACAGCACCACUACGCCUAUAAGGUCAACGAUCGAUAUGCGAUGUGGCAUUGUGGUGGCAUCCAGGGAAUUCUGGGGACAUGCCCCGGAAUAACAGUGGGUGACGGCUUCCUGCAACUGAGCGACUGGCGAGUCGCGGGAAUAGAUUCGCACCACUUCUCAUUCUCGCACCGCAGCAUCCACACUCCCCCGAUCCUCACUUCCGACGGUCACACCCACUCCGGCCCGCGAAGGGACUGGCACACCUGGGACCGUGAGGCCGGCGUAACACACAGCGUCAAGUUCGGAGAUCGCUUUAUCCAGUUUGGCCACUGGUGGCGAUUGGGUGAAUGGGAGCAUAAUGGGAGACAUCUCGUCCUCUCCCACCGCAACAACAAAGCUCCGAUCAUUUGGCGCGAUGACGGCACCGUGCACAACGGACCCCAUCAUGGCUGGAGUCUGUUUGGACGAGCAACUGGCGCACCAUCAGGCAUCGCGUUCGGACAGGGCUUCGUGCAGAUUGGCAAGUGGCGAAUUGGAGAUGUGGACGGCCACCACUUCUCCAUCGCUGUGAACGGCAAAACCGCGGAGAUCUUUACGGGGGGCGAUGCAAGGCGACACUAUGGCCCCCGUACAGAUUGGACCACCUUCGGUCGUCCGAUUUCGGACUGCCGUGUCGUGCCAGAUACCGAUGCCAAAGUCAUGACAAUCAAGCCACCUUUGACGGAGGGUUUGGAGUGCGAGUACUUCUACAACCAUGCUCAGUGCAGUGUUCCGGACCUCGGAAGUGGUUUGACCCCGGCUCACACUCAGGUUCUGUCGAACGUCUACAUGCACCACGGCAGCUUCCCUCACGUCAGGCAAACUGACAACUUCUGCAUCAGGUGCAGUGGUUUUCUCACAAUCAGGACGCAGGGCAGCUACAGGUUCCACACCGCCUCGGACGACGGCUCUCUCUUGUACUUGAACGGGGAGAGGAUCGUCGACAACAAUGGCUGCCAUGGUGAACAGGAGAGGUCGAGCCAUCACAUGACAAUGGCGGAGGGCAGCCACAACCUGGUGGUGGAGAUGUGCGAGAUGGGUGGUGGCGAGAAUUUCAAGAUGCGCUAUGAGGGACCCGAUACUGGUAACUCCAAGGUCGCAGUGUCCGCGUCGGUUCUCAAACAUGAGCUCAAGUUCUUUGAACCCGGGUUGGAGUGCGAGUACUUCUACAACCAAGCUCAGUGCCAUGUACCGAAUCUCGGAGCUUUGACCCCGGCUCACACCGAGGUUGUGCCGAACAUCGACAUGCACAGCGGCAACUUCCCUCACGUCAGGCAAACCGACAACUUCUGCAUCAGGUGCAGCGGCUAUGUGAGCAUCAAUCAGCCCGGCAACUACAAGUUCUACACCGCCUCGGACGACGGCUCUCUCUUGUUCUUGAAUGGUGAGAGGAUCGUCGACAACAAUGGCUGCCAUGGUGAACAGGAGAGGUCGAGCCACCACAAGUCCCUGUUGACCGGUAGCCACCAGCUGGUGGUGGAGAUGUGCGAGAUGGGUGGUGCCGAGAAUCUUAAGGUGCGCUACGAGGGACCCGAUACUGGCAACUCCAAGGUCGCAGUGCCCGCGUCGGUUCUCAUACACGCAAAGUGA